AUGUUCAAUACUAUUCGUCAACAGGAAGUUGGAUGGACAAACACGAUAUAUGGGUUCAGGUUCGAUGAAGAAACAGUUCGUUUUCGUUAUACGAAAGACUUUAUGUCGGAAAUUAAUAAUGAUAAUUAUCGUGAACAAAUACCAUUAUUAAUCAAUGUAAUAAUUCAUAGAUACACUGAAAAUUUGAAAGUAUUUCGUUAUUUAUUGAACAGUUUUGUUCAGUUAUGUUACAGAUAUGACGAAAUUAAAAGUCAAACAUUAAUUUAUUGCUCUAAUAAGUUGCGGGAAACAGUAAUGAUAUCAACUAAAAUGUUACUAAAAUUUUUAUAUGUCGCUCUUUUCAUACAUAAUGCCAAUUUGUUAUUAGAUGAUCAUUGUCUAUUGAAUCAUAAUAAAUUUUAUGAAAUUAUGGUGCUAUUGUAUCGGGCGUUAUUAAAAAAACCUAGUAUUAUUAAUGAUAUGUUUUUGGCUCAUAGAUUACUAAAGAGUACUAGAAAUUAUAUUAAAGAUACAAUGGACAAAAAAAUAGUCGAACUUGUCAAUUCAAAUAUGUCCACGAUAUAUAUAUAUGAUCAUUCAGUUCAAAACCAUAUUCAGAGAAUUCUAAACAUGAAAAACGUAAUAUUUUCUAAAAGUAUUGACGACCAUACAAGAGCUUUAAAUUGGUUUUAUAUGCUAGCAGUUAGAGAUAGUUAUUAUAAUUUGGGAUUUGAUAAAGUGCUCGUUGGUGAUAUAAAGGAGCAUAUACACGAAUAUAUUGCGGAAAAUACACGUUAUCAUGAAAAUCAAGAAGAUGAUAAUUUUGAUUGUACAGAAGAACCACCAGUUCUUACACAUAGGCUUGAAUAAUAAACACUAUUGUUUUUUAUAUUAAAAAUAAGAAAAAUUGUUUUAAUUAAGUUAGUUAUUAUUUUAUUCUAUGUAGCUUUUAAUUAAAAAAUGCUUAGUAUACAAAUAAAUUUAUCUUAAUUGAUCCAAUGAUGAAACUGCAAAUAAUUUUUAUGACAGGAUUUGAAAAAACAAUUUUUUUAGUUACAAACAGUUUUUAAUUGAUUUUUAUGUUCAUUUUGUUUCAAUAAAAAUAAAUGUCUGUUUUUGAAAUGUUUAAAAAAAAUAUAUAAUAUUUUAUUUUAAUUAAUUUAAUUUAUGUUGAAUGGA